AUGAGUCCCGCUAUAAAAUCCCAGGAUCCGCCCGGCAGCCCGGAGGCAUCUUCCAAGACGGUGACGAUGAUGGGUAUGGAUGAGGACGGGGCCGGCGGCGGCGACCACGACGGGGAUAGGGCGGGCGAUGGUGAAAAUGACCCUGCGAAACCGUCCAGGAAGCGGCAGCGCGUUAGGCUAAGCUGUCUCGAGUGCAGGCGCCGGAAGUUAUCCUGCAAUCGAGCGCUGCCAUGUGAUCGAUGCAUCAGGAGCGAGACGCCGGGUCGGUGCCAGUAUGAGACGAGGUCCGGCAAGGUCAUCAAUGCUGCGUCGGACUAUAAUUCUCUGCCUCCAGACUUUCGACGCCUGGACACCACCCAGUCUCCCAUCCGUGAGAGGGAUCAUGAGAGGAUUAGAAAGCUGGAACACGAGAUUGUCCAGCUGAAGAAGGAGAUGUCCCGGCAUAGAGGAUCCCUGGACGGUAGCACGCCCGUAGCCACGACGUCACCGUCUACCCAGGCGGGCGAUCAAGAGGGGGCGGCGGAGGAGGCCCGCAACAGCGCGCAGAAUCUGCCCUUUGGCGCCGAGAAGGGCGAACUUCGGUUCGUGAGGUUCAAGGAGUUCCGAACCCGAUUCUUGGGCCCGCAUAGCGCUGCGAUGGCUAUGGCGGAGCUGACGGGCUUGUCGCCCUUCAUGAAGGAAACCGCCGACGAGCUGCUGAGGUCGGUGAAGCUUCAUGACCGCAAGGGCAAGGAUCGGAAGAUGCGAACCGAAGUGCGGGAGAAGCUCGCCCUCGAGCCGGACCUGUUGCUAGAGUCCCUUUUGCCGACUAAGGAGGAAUCUGAUGCGCUCGUCACCGUCUACCUCGAUAUCUUUGAACAACUGCACCGAAUUAUUCACAUCCCAACGUUCCGCAGAGACUACGCCAAGUUCUGGGAUUCUCCGGAGACCCGACCACCGGGCGCGAGGCGUGCCGCAUUCACGGCGCUAGUUCUGUCCAUCAUGUCGAUAUCGUGCUGUCUCUACUCCCACCCGACCAUCAAGUUUAUCGGCAUGAUGUCCGAUAACCAUAGCUCCGCCGUGAAGUGGGUGACAGCCGUCGACGACUGGCUGGCCCGUCAGAGCCAGAAGCAUCGCAAACUGAUCCACUACCAAAUAGCGUGUCUCCUCUACAUAGGAAAGCGGGUGAACACGAUCAAGAAGAAGAGGUUCUGGACCGGAGCAGGCGCGCUCAUCCAGGACGGUAUCUCGCUUGGUCUCCACCGCGAUACGCGCCACAUGGCUGGAAAAAUGUCGGCCUACAAUCAGGAGAUGCGUCGCCGCAUCUGGGCGACGGUCCAGGAGCUCGAUAUGCAGGCCUCGUUCGACUUUGGCUUGCCGACUUUGACAAGCCAGAUCCACUACGAUGUCGCGGCACCCGCGAACCUCGACGAUAACGAGUUUAACGAGGAGUCAGCGGAGAUCCCCCCGUCUCGCCCUCCAGAUGAAUAUACCUUUUCGUCCUACCAGCACAUCUCUCGGCAGAGCCUUCCCUUGCGACUCGAGCUGAGCCGCUUCCUCUACGGGCCUCCAGGCCACUCGGAUUACGACGACAUUGUACGAUACACGAAUGAUUUGAUGCGGGAGAUCGACGCGCUGCCCUCGUGGGAUCAGAAUUCUAGCGGGACGCACAGCUCGAAGAAGCCGAUUCUCGCGUAUACUUUGUUGCAUAUCCAGCUGAGACAGUAUAUCCUGCCCAUGCACCAGCAGUACGUGAAGCCGGGGAGCGACGGCACGAGGUAUCAGUACUCAGAGAAUGUGUCGUAUAAUGCGGCGCGGGAUAUCGUGUUGUUGCACGAUAAGCUUUAUGAGCAAGGGAUUCAGGCGUUGAACUUCAUGCGGGAGGAUACCCUUACUACUGCUACCAAGCUGUGCAGUGUUACCAUGCUCCAACCACAAGGAUCGACGAACAUGAUUAUGAUUAACGCACGACAUACCGUUGAGUUGAUUGAGAAGUGCAUCGCCAUGAAGGAGGACCGCUUGCUGAGGUCCGGUAACUACGAACCUUGGGGUUUCGUGUUCCUCUACGGAGCCCUCGGGCUUUUGCAGGCGCAUCUCAACCUCAAGUCGGCUGCUGACGCCAAGGCAUCCGCCAUCGAGAAGCUGAAGAAUUUGCAAGAUCGCCUGAGUCAAGUUCGUCAGUUGCAUUCUCCUGAUGAUCUUGAGCGAUCGAUGAGUUCCGGGUCCAUGGGCCCUAGUAUGCAAUCGUUUCCUACUAAUUUCGACUUCCAGCCCUUCCCGGAGCAGUUCCUUGGUGAUUUCUUCAACUUGAACGUGCCGGAAACGUGGCCUUUUACUGGCGUGUAA